GUUUUCUCACCACUCAUGUGUUAGCCAGCCCUCAUGAUAUAACUUAUGAUUAUUUGUCCUACAUACUGCCCGCCCCAGAAAACACCCACUCUGUAAUUUCCCAUCCCGCAUCUCUCUUUAAGAGGUCCUCUGUGUCUACAUUCCAAACAGACAUGUACUUCAGAUUGAAACGCUGUCCACAACGUUUCUAGAAAAAAAUAAAAGCUGGACAUUUUCUGGUCUCACCACGAGAGGGAUUUUGCGCUAACCCUGACUGGGAAAGUGAUCAAAGCUUCAUCUGAUUUAUUGUAGAUCGGCUAAAACCAACAAAACUGGAUUUUCGAGCAAGGCCAUAGAAUGGAAUCUUGCUUCAGGCCAUCUUGGCAAGUCCUGGUCUUCAGCCUCCUUCUCCUGCUCUUGUCUAGCGGCGGCGAGGCACAGAACUGGAGAGGGAACUCGUGCGGUCGUCCGGGAUGUCGCUAUGUGACUAGGAGGGUCUGCGCCUACAACACAUGGCUAGGAUGCUGCUUGUACCGGACUAUAAGUGAGCCUCAAUGGUACACAGAGUAUUUCUGUUGUCAAGGGUGGAGACAUAGUGGUGACUAUAACUGCAACAUCCCCAUCUGUGAGCCUCCCUGUCAGAAUGGAGGAACCUGCGUUGGUCCGGGGCGGUGCAACUGUCCAGUGGGGCGAAAGUUGGAGAGCGUUGCGAAGGCGGUGAGAGUUUUAAUAAUUUUAAGAAAUCAUCUCUGCUGUCAGAGAUUGGGGUCUGUAGAGGUUUACGGGUACAGGGUAUAUAAACACGUCUUCGGGUCUGAAAAGGCAAACAAAAUGAGCAAUAGACGCUAAAUGUCGGUGUGACAA